AAAGACAAAAGGCAAACAAUGAGAGAAAAAGAGUAAAAGACAGCCAGCUUUCAUACACAACCGGAAAACCCAAUUCGACAGCGAAUAAAAGUUCUCUUUUUUUCCUGCUCAUUCCAUCGUAAAAGGUACACAAAAAGACAAAGAAUUGUCAUCCCGUUUUUCUCGAUCUCAUAUUCCUUUGUCCUUUGAUGGAAGAUAGCUAAGUUCAAAUGAUUAUGGGGCCAUGGAGAUUUAUGGGUCGUCGUUAUUUUACUCUCUGACGGUGUCAAUUUAUUGAUACAACUUUCUUCCAUUCUGAUAUUUUUCAAAGAAAACAAAAUUGUAAGAACAAAUUCAUAGGGCUUUUAGUGUGGGGACGAAGAUGCAAUCGGGUAGGUCCGAAUCCGCGGGCCCGAUUACCCUGCGACUUCAGUCUUUGUCAUCGUCUGAUAUGAGAGGUAAGCAUAGGAUACAGGCGGAGUUGAAGCGGCUAGAACAAGAGGCUAGAUUCUUACAGGAAGAGCUUGAAAAGUUAGAGAAAAUGGAGGCAGCAUCAACUGCAUGCAAAGAGAUGCUGACUAAUGUUGAAAGUAGACCAGACCCAUUACUCCCAGUGACAAAUGGACCCAUAAAUCCAUUUUGGGAUAGAUGGUUUGAAGGCCCCCAAGAAUCAAAGGGUUGCAGGUGCGGGGGCAGGUGCUGGAUACUCUGAUAAUAUUCAAUCAAGCCUAGCUGAAAUCAUUGAGAAAAAUAUUCACACAGAAGUUCCAAUAGAGAGCCACUGGCAUUCGAUGUAAUGCUCCAUUGUGCAAAAAGUUUUACAAUUUUCUAGCAAAAUUUUUUUUCCUCAUUGACAAAUGUUUAAUGAAAUGCUUCAAUUCACAGAACAUACAAAUUCUUCAGGACAAAUAGAAAUGUCAAAAAGAAUCUACAGAUUUGA